AUGUCUGCAUUACAGCACGUGGAAUCCCUCUACGGCUCCAGUGGGUUCCAGGACAUUGUGACAACCCCGGAGAUGAUGCAGCAGACCACCUGGCAAAGGAAGCAGUUGGUCCAGAUAAAAGGCAUCCUUUUCAACGCCUCUUGUCACGCGAAAAAGCGCGUAUCCGAGACAGCUCAAACCAUACUCGCCGGCUCUAUGGCUCGCUCCCCCGGAAUCGAGCCUAUUUGCUUACGCAACUCCGAACAAGCCACUCAUGGCUUGCGAGGCAUGAUAUGCUGGGAGGAGCAGGGCAAGGUAGGGAGGAGGCGUCUCAGAGAUUUUGAAGUCGCGCGCCACAAGGGCCGCAGAACAGAACACCAGGCAUCGGCCAACACAGGCCUUAACGAGGCUCCAAUGACACAACUAGAGAGCUCAGAGACAUCCGAGCAACCAAGCUCUAACCUUAAAACAAUUGAGGCACUUACGAAGGAAAACAAUCAGCUCAAGCUAGAGAUCAAGGAGUUGCUCUGUUCAUUGUAA